AUUCAGUCGAGCUUCAGUACCAGACGGGAGCGAACGGUUUUUGAUAGUCGGCGGGUCCGGAUUUCGGGCACACAGCUUUGGAUGCGAAGUUUCGGCCGCGGAUGGAUGAACACCAAAAAGCUAGGACAGUUUAUAAUUUGCAUAAUUACCAUUGUUACCAGUGCGACAGUGAAAUGGAAAACAUGAUUCUGGCAGAAGAAGAAGCUAACUGUGCUCAAAGAAGUUUUUUAAAAUAUUAAAAACCAUUGAAAUGUAGAGAAUAACAUAGUUUUGUGCUGAAGAAAAAGCAGAUGUGCUUAAGAAACCCCGAUUGUGACGCAUAAGUGAACAAGAUAAAUGUUUCUGCUACCGAAAACCAUCUCAAGAUAUUUCGAGAAUUAUUAAUAUUUCCGUUAAAAGAAAUUUGUAAAUAUAACAUGCAAAUAAUAUAAUAUAAUCCCUUAAAAUAAUGCAAUAAGUUAGCCCAAAAGGGGUAAUUCUCUGUGAAAGUAUCUGAAAUGAAACCAAAGCGAAACUAAAAGCAGCAUGUAUUGCACCAAAGAUUGCACCUGCAGCCUGUGCCGCGAGUUACGAGGAUACAAGCCCAGUGGCAAGAAGGUGGCUCCUUCACCGCCCACAUUGUUCAGCAGGAUGCUGAACGACAACUUCAUCCUGCGACGCCGCGGCAUCUCCCUUAAGAACUUCCAGCCACAAUCGCUGAGGAACAGCGAAAUGCUGGCCCAGCAGAUGCCGGUGCCACGCCCCCCGCAGACGCCCUCGCCCACGCCCAUCGAGGAGCUGCCGGACUGGGCGACGGAGGAUUCGCCGCGGACGAAGAAGCCCAACCACAAAGUGGUCAUCUACUUCGGCGACUCCAUCCACCGCGGUGGCCAGCAAUCGCCGCUGCCCUCGCCCAAGGAACUCCACUCGCAGCUGCUGCAAGAGAUGUCCCAGAAACUGAAGACCGGCGUGGCGGAGGAGGCCCAACCGGCAGUGGAAAAGGGGAAGAAGGUGCAGCAGGUGCAGCAGGUGGAGGGGAAACCGGAGACUGGCCCGCCAGCGAAUGACGAACUGCCGCCCUACAUUGAGAGCGUGCAGAACGGCGUAAUUAAUAUCAGAAUUGAAGGCAAUUACCGGCGAGCCAGUGCGCUGGUGGAAACGGUGGCAAAGCCCACUCUGGCCGUGGUGGGUCCAACGAAAUCCGAGUCCGAUGCAGCCGUCGGUGAUAAUAACGAUGGUAAUGAGGAUGAUGAUUGCGACGACCCUGGCCAAGAUGAGGCGGAGACAGACUCGUGCGACUGGAGCUACGUCCAGGAGUGGCGGAGGGCGGCGAAACGACCCACUGGCAACUUGCCACCCAACUUUGGCCAGCACCAGCCUCCCAGCCAAGUGACAGGCCUGCCCCCAGUGCCCCCGCCACAGAUGCAGUCGCCCCACCAGGUGCAGAGCCAGCUACCCCCCUCGCAGAACCCGCUGUCGUCUCAGAAAGGAUUGUCGUUGGCCAUGGCCACUCCGGCUCCCAGAGUGUUCAAGGAGCUGGCCCAGCAGCCGAGCAAGGGGCUGCCCCUCAAGAUGGUGGCCUCAUCCUCGUCCUGCAGUGGCGGACAGGCGAACUCGUCCUGCAAGAUGCCGUCACCACUGGCCGCCUCAAAGGCGCUGAUUCCACAGAGGGCAGUGGCUGGACCGGCGCGACUCACGGUCCAGAGUACGCCCGUUAAGUCGCAGCCACCGCAACUGAGUGGGAGUCUGAGCCAGAGCCAGAGCCAAAGCCAGGGCCAGAGCCAGGUCUCGCCUAGCAGACAUACUUUGGGCAUACCCACCACAGCCGGAAAUCCCACGCCGCCCAGGAUUCAUCAGCAUGACCAGUUCCGUGCGCUGCAGCGGGUGCAGGAGUGCCACAGUUCUUCGGACGAGAACCGCAGCUCCGGACACGCCAGCAUGUCGGAUACCGGUGGCCACAGCUCCUCGCCCGCGGGGGGCAUGACCUUGGGUCCGUUGCCCGAGGAUCGCCUGGCGGCGGGAGUCACCAACAGGAGCACCCGAUCGCGUCGGCAGCGUGGAAUCAUGCCAGGCGGAAAAGCUCCGUGGAGCGGCACCGGACUGGAGGACAUCAAGCUGGCCAUGCUCACACUGCGCUCCCAAACCAGCAGCAGCACCUACAGCAGCCUGAGCGCCGGAUCGGAGAGCUCUGAGCCCGCUCGUCGCCUGGGCAGAUACUCUUCGCUGGAGACGGUGGUGACCAGCACCAGUGCUGACGAGUUCGUGUGGGUGGACUCGCACAACCGGCUAGUGGAGCUGCAGCAUCCGCCGUGGAGCCAGCAGUGCAUCCUGAAGGUCCUGAGGAACGGACGAUGCCAACAGCAGGCUGAGCACCUGGCCGUAGAGGCGGUUUCCCGCCUCGGCUAUCUGCUGCAGCGGGCGCUGGUGAGGAUCGCCCGCGAGAUCCAACGAUUCUCGGCCGGAGUGGGUCUCUGCUCCAAGCAGGAGGUGGUCGGAGCCCUGCGGGUGGUGCUCAGCUCCUCGCUGGCGGACUCCUGCACGAAGGCGUGCCUCAGGUCCGCCGCCAUGUUUGCGGUUCCCGGAGAGAGCGCCCUGAAGCAGAGCAAGUCCGCACGGGCGGGCCUCCAAUUGUCCGUGGGGCGCUUCUAUCGCUGGAUGACGGACGCCAGGCUGGGCAAAUUCAUCCACGAGUACGCCGCCGUGUAUCUGUGCGCCGGUAUCGAGAAUCUGCUGGAGGAGAUUGCCCUCCAGUGCAACGGGAGCACGGCGGCCGCUUUGGAUCAAAGUAUUGCCAGUUCCGGGGAUGUGUGGGGACUGCUUCAGCCUUUCGCCCAUCUAAACGCGGGAAGAGUGGCCAGUGGCGCCUUGGCUCUGCCCAGAUGGGCCAACUCCUUGGAUCAAGUUAUUGCCAGCUCCGGUGACUUUCGAGGUCAUCUAGCCACCUGUGUGGGCAGCAUAAGGGAGCUGAAGGAGAAGGCCCUUCGCACCCAGCAGGAGUUCCAGUUGGCCGCCGCCCUGUCCGGAUCCGCUCUGGCGGCCCUCUUCUACUUCAUGCGCUGCUCGCAGCUGGAGCACACGGAACUUCUCGCCGCCUCGGGCUGCCAUUCUGGGCAGGCUCAAGCUGCUCCAGGCGGAGGAACCUCCUCCGCGGGCCACCACGUCCAGGAGUUGUGCUACGAGCGGGCCUACGUGGUGCUUCCUCCACUGGCCGAGUGGUUGAGGGUGGCUGCAGCCCACGCCGAGCACCGGAAUGCCAUGAUGAUUGACAAGGAUGACGUGAUGCAGGCCGCCAGAUUGCUCCUUCCCGGAGUGGACUGUCCCAUAAGGCCGGUGGCACACGACGAGGAGCUGCCCACCAAGAAGACUCACUUCAACACUGCACCCACUGUCAGCUCCACGGGCACGGGAACGGGCAGCAGCAGCUGCAGUUCCCCGGUGGUCAGUGGGAUUGGCAUCGGAAUCGGAGAGGACACCUCUGAGCUAGGCAGGCGAGCCACCAUUGGAGUGGCGUUCAAGCUACUGCUGACUGGUAGGGCGGAAUUGUUGGCCCAGGCGGCACAGCUACUGCCGCCCACCACGCGGUACGACACCCAGAACAGCGCUGGGCUGACCGCUCUGAUGAUCGCCAGCAUCCGAAAUGAUGAAGUGGCACUGCACGCUCUCCUGGACGCGGGAUGCGAUCCGAAUGUAGAGGUGCCCCCUGCGGGAAGCGCCGGCUACCCGGCUAUCCAGCCGGACACCCAGCACUGGACUGCUCUGAGCUUCGCCGCCAGCAGGGCCAACUACGUGGCGCUGAGGAUCCUUCUGGAAAGGGGCGGUAAGGUGGAGGGCGGGGCCAGGAGCAGCGAGGAGAAGUGCACCCUGACCCCCCUGCAGUUGGCAGCCGGCACUGGCAACCUGGAGAUCGUGGCAUUGCUGCUGGCCCACGGUGGCAAUGCCUUUCUGUCCACGCAGCAGAAGGAUUCACUGUGCUUCGCAGGAUCCGCGCAGAAGGGUUGCUUCUGCGCCAUUUCAGUGGCUGCUGCCCACGGACACCGAUCGUGCCUCCGCAAGCUGCUCACCCACCCCGUUUCUCCUGGAACGAGGGAUGUACUCUCGCUGGAGGAGAUGCUGGCCGAGGGCGAUGUGGGCGGAGUAAGGGGAGCAAGUGGUCCCGGAGGAGCCGGAGGACCAAACAGUGCCAGUGCCAGUGGAAACAUCGAGGACAUUCUGCCGCUGCUCAACAAGACGCAGAUCAAGCGACUCCAGGAGGCCAUGUACCACAGUGCCGAGAAUAAUCAUUUGGAUAUAACCAUUGAGCUGCGGAAACUGGGGGUUCCAUGGACCCUCCAUUGCUGGAUGCACGCCCUGUCGGCGGCCCACGACUUGCGACUGGACGCGGUCAUAGACCAGUUGCUCCAAGACUUCCUGCAAGUGUGUCCCGACGACUACAGUGCCCAGUUCGUGAGCGAGUGCCUCCCGCUGCUGUUCAACAUUUUCCGGAACAAGAACGAGGGCACCACCCUCCUCCUGGCGGACAUCUUUGCCACCUGUUUCGGCUGGGAGACAUUGCCUCCGGUGAAGGAACAACCGCCGAUGCAGCCCGUCCAGGGCUCCCGCAUCGAUCCCAAGUUCGUUAACAAUCCGGAACUAAGCGACGUGACCUUCAGAGUGGAGGGCAAGAUCUUCUACGGACACAAGAUCGUCCUGGUCACCGCAUCGCCUCGCUUCCAAAGCAUGCUGAGCUCCAAACUGAGCGAGGGCAGUUCCACGCCCACGGUGCAGAUCAACGACAUACGCUACCACAUCUUCCAGCUGGUGAUGCAGUUCCUCUACUGCGGCGGCUGCAGCUCCUUGGACGUGGCCCACGGCGAUGUGCUGGAGCUGAUGGCGGCGGCAAGCUUCUUCCAGCUGGAGGGACUGCUGCGCUACACGGAGGCACGCUGCUCGGAAAUGGUCGAUGUGGACAAUGUGGUGGCGAUGUACAUUCACGCCAAGGUCUACAAUGCCAAUCGGCUGCUGGAGUUCUGCCAGUGCUUCCUGCUCCAGAAUAUGGUGGCCCUGCUCACCUACGACGACUCCGUGAAGCGUCUCCUGUUCGCCAAGAAGAUCCCCAACCACGACGUGCUCGCCGGACUGCUGCAGACGCUUCAGAAUCGCCUGAAGGCCCGCAAGCCCAACUCGGGUGGUGGUCUGGUCAACUCCUACCGAUCGCCCCCGGUCACGCCCGUGAAAAAGUGAAGGAGCUCUGCUCCCACUUGCUUGACGGAAUCGAAUUCUUAUUUAUUGCAUUGUUUUUAAUUUAAUCUCUGAGCUCUUAUGUAUUAUAAUAGUGCCCCUGCCCGCCCCGACGUCCUUGCCCCCUUCCUAGUUGUAUUUUUGUAUUUUCAAGUUGUUCAGCGCACUGUUAACCUUUACGAACCCCAGGAUGGCCGAGCAGGCGGUCCUCUAGCUAUUAUUGGUAGUUGAAAUUGUUUCUGCAUUAAAUGAAGGAAGUAAAAUUA